GCAGCUUCCUUGCCCUCCUCCGCCCUGUUACCGUAAGUUACCUUACUGCUUACUUACUCUUAGUGCCCCAAGACACUUGUAGCCUCCUCUUUUUCUCUCUCUCCCGCCUCUGCUUCCUCUUCCUCCUCUUCCUGAUCUUCGUUGUCUGUCUAUUUUCCUUCUCACUUUGCUUGGCCUUCCCUGUCCAGGCAAGAACCGUUCUGCUGUGCUUGACCCUGAACUCUUCGGCGUGCUAGCUCUUCGUCCUUUUCAGCUCCUAGAUACCCUCUCCUUGUUGUCCUUUGACCUUUCGUGGCCUGCUGAUUUCACACGACUUAUACCCCUCCUAUCGUCUCGCUUUAUACCGUACCACCUUCGUUCACCCUCUACCUUAAUCCUCUGUUGCUCUACCGCUCGUGUUUUCCGCAGCCAUAAACGGUGUCGUUGUUUGGUCCAAGAUCCAAGCAACGAGCCCUAACACCUCUUGUCACAACGGUUGCCUCUACCAAAAAACGAAAGGCUGCGGAUCAGGUCGAGGCCGACAACAAACCGGCUCCGAAAAAAAUAACUCCGGUCGCUCCAUCCACAACCUCAGUAACCACUACAAUGUCGAGCGACGAUGAAUUUAUGUCGGACCAGCUGUCGGACGAUCAGUACGAGGAUGAUGACUAUAGCCUGGGCGAGCUCGGUACGUCAUGGUGGACUCAACUCCCGUUUAGCUUUUCCAUUGGAUUACUGACAUGUCUUUCGAAGAGGAAGAUGAUGACCGCUACUUGGACGACGUUAAGGACGAGAAGCCAUCAAAGAAGGCGUACGAAGUCGAUUACAAAGUUCAUUCUGAUGAGCAAAUCCGUGCUGCCCAGCAGAUACAGAUCGAAGAGGUUUCUAGUAUCCUGGGUCUUCCGGGGGAGCAGUGUGCCAUAUUGCUGCGUUUUUUCAAGUGGCAGAAGGAUCGACUCAUUGAAAAGUAUAUGGAUAACCCGGAUGAGGUACUGGAGGAUGCUGGCUUGGGACCGGGGUACGAGGCCCCGGCCGUGCUCGAGAAGUUGAAAGGAUUUAGCUGUGAGAUCUGUUGUGAUGACGAGCGUGGCCUGGAAACAUAUGCCAUGAAAUGUGGCCACCGUUACUGCGCGGAUUGCUAUCGGCAGUAUAUUGAGUCGAAGAUAAAAGACGAAGGGGAAGCGAGCCGCAUAGAGUGCCCUGCCGAGGGCUGUUCCAGGAUUGUGGGAUCGAAAACUGUUGAUCUCCUUGUCCCUUCCGAUGUUAACUAUAGGUAUGUUCUUGAGACCGCGCGAUUGCGCAUGACAGCCUCGCUUACCCUCGGUUUAGAUACAAGGAACUUCUUAACCGCACUUACGUCGACGAUAAGCCGAAUCUGCGAUGGUGUCCUGCCCCUAACUGUGAAUAUGUGGUGGAUUGCGCGAUAAGACCGGCACUGCUUCAUGCAAUUGUUCCAACUGUCCAAUGCAGUUGCAACCACCAGUUCUGUUUUGGAUGCGGUUAUGCGGACCACCUUCCCUGCCCGUGCCUCCUCGUCAAGAAAUGGUUGAAGAAGUGUGAGGACGAUUCCGAGACGGCCAAUUGGAUAUCCGCAAACACAAAGGAGUGUCCGAAAUGCAUUUCUACAAUAGAGAAGAAUGGAGGCUGCAAUCAUAUGACUUGGUGAGUUGCUAGAUUUUCCUUCUGUUGUUGAAUUUACCUAAUUGAGUUGCUUAGUCGAAAAUGCAAGCAUGAGUUUUGUUGGGUUUGUAUGGGACCAUGGCAGGAACAUGGCACUAGCUGGUACAAUUGUAACCGGUUUGAGGAGAAGAGCGGGUCUGAGGCUAGGGAUCAGCAAGCGAAAUCUCGUGCGUCAUUGGAACGAUAUCUUCACGUAGGUUUUGAGUUGGCAUAACCCUUUACGGUUUGGACUGACAUCUCGGUUGCAGUAUUACAAUAGAUAUGAUAACCAUGACCACUCAGCAAAAUUGGAUAAGGAUCUUUAUGUUAAGACCGAGAAAAAGAUGACGACUCUGCAAUCAUCCUCCGGUUUGUCGUGGAUUGAAGUUCAAUACCUCGAGGCCGCCUCCAAGGUUCUUCAACAGUGCCGCCAAACUCUCAAAUGGACCUACGCGUUUGCCUUUUAUCUGGAGCGGAACAAUCUUACCUACAUUUUUGAAGAUAACCAAAAAGAUUUGGAGAUGGCAGUCGAGACAUUGAGUUCACUCUUUGAGAUGCCGACCGAUCAACUUGCCAACGCCAAAAAGGAGAUGAUGGACAGAACCGCGUAUGUUAAUAGUCGGCGUAUAAUACUCUUGGAAGACACGGCGAAGGUGCUUGCGGAAGAGAAGUAAGAUUCCCCUGCUCUCGGUAUCGGGUGAUUGUAGACCCUCAUGCUGACAACGUUGAUUUACAGCUGGAAAUUUACGGUUGAUUUGAAACAGUAAGACUGCGAUAGAUGUCAAUCUCCUAGCCACUCGAGUAGAGCUUGCCAUUUCUUGUUUGUUUGUUUUCUGUUGUGGUUUGGGCCGGUGGGUGUUAUUAUGGGUUGGUCGGUGGACAUUUCCUUACUGCGAUAGGCUCGUCAAGCAAUUAAAUGUGGAAAGUAACAGCUUUUAAUAUUUUCGCUUGGAAUUCCUUCUCUUCGGCCAGUGCUGUGCUUUAGUCCUCCGGUCGAGUGGAGGAUAUAGGGCCCUACUUUGCGCUGAUUGUGCCCAUAUUUUGAAUCUGUUUCAUAGUGGAGUCUUUUUUUUUUCUUCUUUUCAUUUCUUUUGACUGAGCAUGGAAAUGGAAUCUACAUUGGAAUACAGGAAGGGAAUUGGUGAACACGAUGGCGAAGGAGGGGUUAUUAUACACAUUUUGCUUCCACUUUUUGUGCCUCCAGAUUGUGUUUUGCUGCUCUUCAUUGGUUUUUUUUUUUCCCUUUCCUUUUUCAUAUUCCCAAUCCUUUGCCCUCUUGCAACCACCCUCCAAUACUCAUCUCGCCCGGUCGAUCAAAUCGUGCGCUGUCGCUCCUUCCUUUCUUUUUUUUUUCUUCUUUUUUCUUUUUCAUUUUUCUCUCUCUUUUUCAUUUUUCUCAUUUUAAGUCCAUACUUUCCCUUUUCGCUUUUGCUGGGUCUUGGUUGUUCACCCUUUGAGCGGCGGAGCUUCUUCUGAUAGGGAGAAAGGACUGAAAUGUUUUACUUAGAUUGAGGAGUGAAGUGGCCAAAGUUGAACCCGCCAAAGUCACACACACGUAUAUGGUAAUUAGGCUACGGUAUACCGAUUUUUUUUGUUUAUGAUACCAGUAGAGAAUAGUCUCUUAUUGUACUUAACGGUAAUCUCUGGGAUGUUCAGGAUUCUGUACUCGAGUAGGUGGUUAUAUUUUUUCUUAGGAUUCCUCUCAAUGGGACUGAGUUGUGUAUCAAGAUUUAAAGAGAUUUGGUUGGAGUGCUUUGUCGAUGCUAGUAUCGUAGGCUAUCGCAUGUCGGAAUGACGCAGCGUGAGGAUUUCACAAGUUUUGGUGCCUGUUACAAGCACAAGUACUGCAUUAUUAGUCAGGGCCGGUCCGGCCGGAGCGGUAGGCGACGAUUCUAUCAUAUUAUCAUAUCAUACUUGGAGAAAUGGUUGUCUUGGCAUCUUCGAAACGGAAUAUAACGGUCGUUUGUAGACAAUGGGGAAAGGGAACGGAACGGUGGUACUGUACUCGAGUACUUGUAACCAGACAGGCCCUUAAUCUUCCCUGUCAUGGGUUACGCCCGCUGUAGCAUGAUCGAAAAGCUUACUUAUAUCAUGACACCCUAACCUACAAGCCUUGCUGUUUGUUCAUGCUCUAUCUUCCACCUCCCCCCAGUCACUUGCUCGUAGGGCGGCUCUGUUCGAGUUCAAAAGCUUCACUUCCCUCUCUCACCUUGCUGCUUACAGCACCACCCGCCUACUCCCCCGCUCCUCCACCUCGCCUCUCCACCUGCCUUGCACUUGUGCCCGCGAAAAUGUACCCCUCCCGCAAUCGAUCAGGAGGCUAUGGUGCCCGUGGAACCUAUGAGAUCACACCCAUGAAGCCUAGCGAGCAUUCCCCAACUUUGCUGGGGAGGUGGAACGUCCAAGACCGACCGCUGCCUGAGAGAACAGCUAUCAAAGCCAUCCAUGUCUACGACUUUGAUAACACACGUAAAGAUUCCAACUUCCCAUUAUAUGGAAACCAUGGUCACUGACUGACAUUUUGUUUCCGGCACAGUUUUCAAGUCACCCCUUCCUAAUGCAAAGAUCUGGCACGCUAGCGCACUCGGUCAUCUGAUGAAUCAUGAUUUCUUCAAAAACGGAGGUCCUAUUUACCCCAAACGAAUCCCAUACUUUUUUUUUUUCCCAUAGCUGAUUGGAUUCUAUAGGUUGGUGGCAUGAUUCACGGAUCCUUGCGGCUACAGGCGGGGGCCUCGAGGUUGAGGAACCACGGAGUUGGCGAGGCUGGUGGAACGAACAGGUUGUGUCUUUAGUUGAGCUCUCCAUGCAACAAAAGGAUGCGCUCACCAUCCUUCUCACUGGCCGUUCUCUGGCUGGAUUCGUUCCACUUAUCAAACGGAUUGUUGCUAGCAGGAAACUUGAUUUCGAUAUAAUCGCGCUGAAGCCUGAGAGAGGGCCAGGUGAUGAAGAUAUCAAGAGUACCUUUUAUUUCAAGUGCAUGUUCUUGAACGAUCUCCUCAACACCUAUAUCCAUGCCGAUGAGGUCAAGAUUUAUGAGGACCGCGAAAAACACGUGAGGGCGUUUGAAUCAUUUCUCAAGGAUUACAUUCGGACCAAUUGUCAAAAUAAUACGCCAAGAAUCGGCUUGACGACGGAUGUGGUUCAUAUCGCCGAGGAAUCUGUGGGUCACUUCCCCGCAACUUCAGGCAGCAUAUCCUAAUCUUGAUUUGGUGAAUGUAGACACUUCUAGAUCCAGUCACGGAGGUUAGGGAAGCCCUGAAGAUGGUUGAGGAUCAUAACCAUAUUGCCUCUGGCGGGUCUAGCCGCUUGGUCAUCAACAAGACUGUCAGUUACACUGGUGAGGCCACAUUGAGGAUUUAUCUAUUGGGGCACUUGGCGGGUAAUUGAUAUUUGCCGUCACAGGUUAUCUUUUAGCCCCCGCAACUACCUCUCAUUUACUCAACACCUUGAACAUCCCUGGCCUUGCCCGUAACCAUAAGGACAUAAGACUUAAUGCGACUGGAAUCCUGAUAUCCCCUCGCGUGGCUGAUAACCGUGUGCUGAUCAACGCCGGCACCUUAGGAACAGUAGUUGACUUUGUGGUGACUGGAUGGGGUCACUUUGAAAAUAAGGUUUGGGCAGCAUCAGUACAGCCCUUGGAUCCAAAUUACAAGGCUUACAGUGGUGAGUAUGCGUUUCACCAUUGCCGAGAUUGUGUCUGACCCGUUCAAAGUAUUUGAUGGUCAUCGCCCGGUAAUCAUACUUGCGAUUCGUCGUGACGGGAAACCCAGUGAUGCCCAGAAAAUCACGACCUGGCAGCCGGUUCCUAAUGGCAACUUUCCCGUUAGAACAACGAUCGCUGAGAAGGCCUAUCUUCACGUCGAUGACGAGCCCUACCAGUCUGAGGGUAAGUAAAGGAGCCCGAAUUCAUGGAGCGAAGUUCUAGGACAGUUCACGUAGCCGUCUACUGAUGCCCCGGCAGAAAAGCCUGCGCUCCAUCCACCACGUCGUGGAAACUUCCAAAGCCGUCAUAUUUCGUAUAGCCAGUUCAGCUCAAACCGCGGCCGCGGUGGUAGAGGUCGUGGACGCGGCUAUGGUCCUGGCAAUUCUGGGAGAAGAGGAGCCGGCCCGGAGCACAGACAAGAGACUCGCCCGGGAGACAGGAACGGUGGGUACCAUGCAUACGAGCGCCACCAGCAGGGUACUAGGCCUGUAGAGCCACAGGAUAUGCAGUUCUUGAGCGAGAUGUAUGAAUAGUGGUGCACUGGGUUGCGUUUUGUCAAGUCCAGGAGGUUGAGUGAUGGUGGCUAGUCUCUAUAUGUUUUUUUUCUUGUCAUGGUAUGGUUCUGGUUGGUCGGAGUUGUGUGCUGUAAUGUACAAUAGUAUGCACCUUGGAUUUGGAGCAUUUGUGGUUGAAUGGUUAUGCUCGAACAUGCCUUUGGAGGCCCCUCGCGUAUUUGCCGGUGUUAAAAAUGAGCUUUCAAAUUGCGGGUGAUAGUUGAUGCAGAAGAGCAAAGGCAUAAAAUAUCAAUCGUUCGGAUUGACGCCCUGGGGCUCACCAUAAAUAUCCGUUUCACAGAAAUGUCUAGUAGGCAUUUAGCGUUUCGAUUAUCCCACUAGGCUCACUAAAGUCCUCGUGCUAGUUGUUUCCUAAGGCCUUUUGCUAUUGGAUUUUCUUCAUCACAAGUGGGGUUUAUGGACUCCCAGUGGUGUCCGUGGACCCGGGCGUCUUGCCUCCGUUUGGCAUUCGGUGGCAUUCCGAGCUCGACCCCACCAGUUGGGGCGAGGUGCGGUGACCAAGUGAUGGCUGAAA